AUGUGGUUCUUGGAAAAGAUCAAAGCAUCGCAUGAAAACAGAAACCUCUCUGGCUCCUCCUUCCUGGGACUGCCACCUGGCCAAAAUCUGUCUGAAAAAGGCCGACUGGGGGCUGCCGCUUUUCCUAAUGUGCUCACUCCUGACAGAAUCCCCGAAUUCUGCAUUCCUCCCAGGCUGACCAGCUCUGGCCCUAUUAAGGGCCCUGGCUCCCACCAGGACCACAGUUUAGAGGAUGCGGAUCUUAAUUCAUCUGACUACAGCCCCAGCUCUUCUUUGCCACAUCUCAUUCAGGUGGAAAGUGCUGAAGAGAUCCCUGCCCUGGAAGAAGAAAGCACCAACUCAGACCCACAGUCUCAAGCCGCGCUGUCCCUGCCUCACUUUCCCAGAGCCCCCACUUCCUACGGCUUCUGCACUUUGCUGGAGAGUCCUCACACCAGGAGAAAGGAGUCCAUCUUCCACGGUGACUCACGGGGUGCUCUGCCCAGCCUGAUGCUGCCUCGAUCCAGAGCUAACACGUUCAGUGGCAAAGGGAGUGUAUCUAAUCCCAUUGCUAUCAGCUUUGGUUCUGUGAGGCUGCCUCCCAGGCAUCCUUCUCUGCACAGGCAAGGCGCCUGUGACAGCGAUACCGCCUCCUCCAGCGAUUCCUCUCCUUUCAGUUCUCCGCUUCUCAGCAGGUCACCUCCCCGACCCUGCUCCCUGACCAAAACACAGAGUCAGGAGGGACUGCUCUGCCGAGCACUGAAAGCCAAGAACAAAUCCAGCAUGGCCAGGAACAAUUCUCUCUCCACAGAGGAGAGCAGCUCCACUGAUAACAGCCCCAGUGCCAUCAGGCGAGCCUCGGAGGGGCUGCUUGCCACGCACAGCUUUAGCAUGUCCUGUUCUCCCAUCUUUCCCCUGGACCUGACCCACAGCCGGGAGAGACUAGUGGGAGAAAGCACUGUGGUCAUGGACAAGGGAGGCCUGUUGAGGCUGUCGGUGGAAUACUGCUCAGAGAACGAAAGGCUGCGGAUCCGUCUGAUCAGUGCAGAGGGUUUAUAUGAUGACUCUGUAGAGCCCAAAAACAUCAACUGCUGUAUCACCUUCUCCCUGGUGCCAGGGAAAACACAGAAGCAGAGAAGCACUGUUAUAAAGAGAAGCAGAAAUCCCAUCUUCAAUGAGGACUUCUUCUUUGAUGGCAUUGCAGAGGAAGAGCUUUACAGCCUCUCUGUAAGGAUGAAAGCAAUGAAUAAAGGGUGCAGUAUGAAACGGGAUUACACCUUAGGAGAACGGGAAUUGUCUUUAAUGAGUAUGUUGUCAGUGUAAUACUUCAAACAGACUAGUUUUGUCUUCUUAAAGUUUUCUACUAAAUAAAGUUUUGAGUUGACUUU